CCACAAUCCACCGCGCUCAUCGGCUCUAUCACGUGACCAAGACUUACUCAUGUCCUUUGAACAGUUUGUGGUGACAGUGAGGAUAGGCGCUGGUCGGUAGUUUUUUUUAAUUUUAUUUAUUUAGUUUGAUUUAAUUUUUAAUAUUAGUGCCUCCCUCCUCCCAGGAGCUAUAAAGAUCCCGAAGAUGAGCACUAUGUUCGCAGACACCAUCCUGAUCGUGUUCAUAUCCGUGUGCACGGCUCUGCUAGCCGAAGGUAUCACAUGGGUGCUUGUCUACAGAACGGAUAAGUACAAAAGACUAAAGGCAGAGGUGGAGAAGCAGAGUAAAAAGUUGGAGAAAAAAAAGGAAACGAUCACAGAGUCUGCUGGACGUCAGCAGAAGAAGAAAAUUGAGAGACAGGAGGAAAAGCUGAAGAACAAUAACAGGGAUUUAUCCAUGGUACGUAUGAAGUCCAUGUUCGCCAUCGGCUUCUGCUUCACAGCCUUGAUGGGGAUGUUCAACUCCAUCUUUGAUGGGAGGGUUGUGGCCAAGCUUCCAUUCGUGCCCUUGUCAUACAUCCAGGGCCUGUCCCACCGCAACCUGCUGGGAGAGGAUUACACAGACUGUUCUUUCAUAUUCCUGUAUAUCCUAUGCACCAUGUCCAUCAGACAGAAUAUCCAGAAGAUGCUGGGUCUGGCCCCAUCUCGCGCAGCCACCAAACAGGCCGGCGGCUUCCUCGGCCCGCCGCCCCAGGCUGCCAAGUUUUCCUAAAGUCCUUUGGCAGCUUUUGGUCUCGUCGGCAUGACAACGUCUGAUGAAUUGCCCGUUCACCCUUCCGGAAUGUCCUUGCUGGAGGUGCAACAGUUACGAUCACAAGCCACACCAGCUGUGUUUUAGUUUUAAUUUGUGUAACUUAUUCACAAGCACCAGUGUUCUUGCUCUCAUAUCAAGGCGGACUCAUUUUUGUGUAAUCAUUGGACAUGCUUUCUCAGAGGAUGGAGAUUUGAAUAGAAAGCUCUCUGAAGCCAACAUCUACUUAUACAAACCUGUGCUGUAAUUAGGUUAAAGGCACGUUAUUGCUGGUAGAUUUUUUUUGCAGGCUGAGUAUCAUCUGCACUGGAGAAAAGCCUAAGUAUUUGUUGUGUGUUUUUAAUCUUCUGGAAUUCUACAGCCACGUAUGGCAGCGCAGAAAGAAAUGAAUGAGAGCAAUAAUAAAAACAAUCUGAUCAUUUUCUCAGUGUCACUGUGAAGCGGAAAGUAACGGGUCCCACGAGUUUGUGUACCUGGUUAACUCCUCCAAGAUGAGUUGUCUGCUUUUCUCCUCGUGAUUGAGCAUCAGUGUUUUUCUUUUCUGCAUUUCCUGCUUUGUUGUGCUUGGUUCUAGUCAGACAAAGGGAGCAUUAUUUAAAUUUCUCAGUGUGAUAUGCUGGUAAGACAACUGCAGUAAACGAGACCAUAAAACCAAGGGAGGGGAAGCAUAUUCGCUAAAGACACUCAGCUUGAAACACUGGGGCAACUAUCGGAAUAAAUCAUUUCCUUGGAAAUAAAUGUGGUAUACUGAAUAUUCACUUGCGGUGCUAACAGUUGUUCCCCAAAUGAGUAGGACAUCUCGCAUUAUUCAACCAGGUACCAGUAGUGUUGUAUCUCACCAGCAGGUUAGGGGGGCCCUCUUUGCACUGACAGUCCCCACUGUGUCCUGCAGCAUGCUGGCUGUCACUGUCACCACCCUCUUUGGGGCUGUGUGGUUCAGACUGUAAUUUAACAAACCUACAAUCCAGAAUGCAUGAACAGAAAAAAUUCAAUACAUACAUUUUAUAUUUGCGUCUUUGCUAUUAUCCAGAAAGGUUUUCAAGAAAUGCAACAUUUUGGAACAAAAAUAAGUUUACAUUUAUAAUACAUUUAUCAAUUAGAGUGUCUGGCAGAGGUAGUGACAGAUAUGAGCCUUGAGUGUUGAUUGUAAAGAUGGACCUGCUGAAAUUCUAUUGUUUAUAAAACCCAAUAAAUUUGUGGAUCUAACAGA